CGCUGCGCUCAGGCUCAUGGGAUUUGUAGUCCGGAGGGUCUGAGAGGAAGAACUACAUUUCCCAGGGUGCCCCGCGGCGCUAGCCCCCUGGCGGCCGUUAGGACCGUUGCAGAAGAGAGGAAAGGUGCUUGCUGCCAGAGCAUCCUUGAGAGGAGGCGGCUGAGGAGGCAGCAGUUUUUGGCCUAACCCGCAAGGAAUAACUGUUAUGACUGACUCCUCUGGAAAGAAAAUGAAGAGUGCUGCCAGACCUUGGAGUGCAAUGGCAAAGCAAGGGAACCAUGGAAUUGAUCGAGGAAAAUCUCUCCCCACCACUUCCUCGGGCAUGAAGACCUCCAAAUCCUCUACUUCACUUGCUUUUGAAUCUCGGCUCAGCAAGCUAAAAAGAGCUAGCAGUGAUGACAUGUUAACAAAGCCAGGGGUGACAGCAGCCUCUGGUGUCUCCAGGCUGAAGAAGACCAUUACAACAGGAGCGAUUUCUGAGCUUGCUGAGAAUCGACUGAAGUCCAGCACAGGAAUUGUUUCAUCAGCGAAGCGCACAGGAAUUCCGGCUCCUCGGGAAAUUUCAUCAACUGUCUCCAGAGAGAGAGCUGUGUUGCGUGGUCCAGCCAACACCAGGAAAACUCAGCCCAGCCCAACUUCUUCUGGCACGCCCACCCCUACCAAGCACCUGCGUCCUUCUGCCAAGUCCAAGCAAGAUAAUGAAACUGGGGACAAGGCAGUUCUGGAGUCCCAGGUUAAGGAACUCUUGGCAGAAGCAAAGACAAAAGACACUGAAAUCACUAAGCUCCGGAGUGAGCUGAAGAAAUGCAAAGACAAAGGGUCAGUUAACUCUGAAGGGAUUGGUGCUUCAGACCAAAAUUUAGAAACGUUACCAUUAUCACCUGGUGACAUAGACCCAUUAAUACAGACUCUUCAGGAAAAGAACAGGACUUUUCAAAAAGAGCUUACUAGCCUGGUGGAAGAAAACCGGGUUUUGAAGGAGAAACUGAUUUAUCUAGAGCACUCCCCUCUCUCGGACACAACAACGAGCAGCGGGGGUGACAGCAGCUUCACAACCCCAGUCACUCAAGAAUCAAGUUUUGGAAGCCCAACAAAAAAACUAUUGAGAGGUGAACCAGAUGAGCCCAGACAGCGUGUGAAUGGAGAAGCAGUGCGAAAGUCAGGUUCUUCUAGCAGUGAUGUGACUAAAGCCUCCUUGUCACCCGAUGCAUCCGAUUUUGAACAUAUAGCAGAUGUACCUUCUAGGCCAACCUCCUCCAACAGCAACCCCUUCAAGGGUUCCAGAUGCUCCACCACAGGGAGUUCUCCGAACAACAUUAGUGACCUUUCUGUGGCCUCCCUGACGGAGAAGAUACAAAAAAUGGAAGAAAACCACCACAGCACAGCAGAAGAGCUUCAAGCCACUUUGCAGGAGCUGUCAGACCAGCAGCAAAUGGUGCAGGAGCUGACAGCAGAAAACGAGAAGCUAGUGGAAGAGAAAGCUCUGCUAGAGACCUCCUUUCAUCAGCACAAAGAGAGAGCAGAACAGCUUAGUCAAGAAAAAGAAAAGCUGAUGACUCUCCUACAAGAGCGAUCCAAGAAUGAAGAAACCAAAAUUCUGGAGGGGAAAAUCCUUGAACUGGAGCAGAAAUGCACAGAAUUGCUUGAGAAAGCACAGUUUGAAAGAGAAAAGCUGCUCAACAUCCAGCAACAAUUAUCCAGCAGCCUACGGAGCUUAGAAAGGGAGCACCAAGAUGCUCAAGAGGUGAUCAAGGGCCUGAGAGAGGAAAAUGAGAAGUUGGGUGGACUUUUAGAAAUGGAACGACAGAACAGCAGCAUGGUGGCAAAGUCUCUAGAGGACUGUAAAGUUGCCUUAGAAGGCCUGAAGAUUGAAAAUGGAUCUCUCAAAACUCAGUUAGACAGUGAGAAACAAAAAGCUGCAGAGAUCAAUGCAAUGGGAUGUACUACUGACAACUCUGAGGUGCAAGAGAUGUUGAAAGUGGCUCAUGCAGAGAAGGAUCAGUUAGAACUAGCUUGUACAGAGCUCAAACAAGAGCUGCUGAAGGCAAACAGCGAAGUAAAACAUGUCCAGGGUCUACUGGCCAAGGUGGAGAAGGAAUGUGGUCAGCUGAAGGAGCUGUAUGACCGACAGGCUGAACAGUUGAGCAGAACCAGCCUGAAGCUGCAGGAGAAAACUUCUGAGAAUGAGUCUGAGAUCAAAAACCUGAAGGAGACCAUCUUUGAGCUGGAGGACCAGGUGGAGCAGCAACGUGCUAUCAAACUGCACAACAACCAGCUCAUCAGUGACCUGGAGAGUAACGUGAUGAAUCUAGAAGAGCACAAGCUGGAUCUGGAGAGGCAGCUGAAGGGUCUGACUAAGCAGAUAAAGGAAGAUGCAGAAGAGUGGAGGCGUUUUCAAGCUGACCUACAGACUGCAGUGGUGGUAGCCAAUGAUAUCAAGUGUGAGGCUCAGCAGGAGCUGCGGGUGGUGAAGAGGAAGCUCCAGGAGGAAGAGGAGAAAAGUGCCAAGCUGCAGAAGGAGCUGGAGGAACUGCAGGGCAGCAGCAGGCUGAUAACUGAGGAGAUGAAUUCUGUAGAAGCAGAUACCACCAACCGCUGGCAAGGAGUCUGUGUCAGCAGGGCAUCACCCACUCCCUCAGAGUCUGCAGCUACUGUCAAGUCACUCAUCAAGUCAUUUGACUUGGGAUGCUCAGGGAGCACUGGGCAGAGUAUCACAGUUCACAAGGUCCCCAGGAGCCCUCUGAGUGGAAUUCCAGUGAGGACAGCCCCAGCAGCCGCUGUUUCCCCCAUGCAGAGGCAUACUGCUUACAGUAAUGCAAAGCUGCUCAGCAAAGGAGUCGACAAACACACAGACCUUCCAGAUCUCCCCCUUGCAGACCUUCUAAAAGGGAGAAGUGAGGACCUGAAACCAGACCAUUACCUCCGCAAGAGCCCUUCCCUGGAGUCUCUGAGCAAACCCCCCUCAAUGGCCUUCAGCAGCAGGAUGCUGACCUCCAGCCCAAGCAGCCUGAAACCCCCCAGCAAACUCAGUGUGGAGAGAAAGGACCCAUUAGCAGCCCUGGCCCGAGAGUAUGGCGGCUCCAAGAGGAAUGCACUGCUGAAGUGGUGUCAGAAAAAGACUGAAGGUUACCCGAACAUAGACAUUACCAACUUCAGCAGCAGCUGGAGCGAUGGGCUGGCCUUCUGCGCGCUUCUCCACACCUACCUGCCUGCACACAUUCCAUACCAGGAGCUCAAUGGCCAGGAUAAAAAAAGAAAUCUGCUUUUGGCUUUUCAAGCUGCCGAAAGUGUGGGCAUCAAACCCAGUCUGGAACUCAGUGAGAUGAUGUACACAGACCGGCCAGACUGGCAGAGCGUGAUGCAGUACGUGGCCCAGAUUUACAAGUACUUUGAGACCUGAGCCCCAGAGCAGAAGGUGGGCAGAAGUGGGGAAGAGACUGAAGAAUGCCACAGAAGCACUUGAUCACUUUAAAAAUAGCCUCUUUUCUAUUCCAUGAGCCAGCCGAGGCUCCUAGGUUGCAAGGAAAGCUCUUCCACGAUUCUGAUCGCAUCUCAGUAACCUUGGACUGCAACCAAAUAAAAAUCCAUUGUCCACCUUUACAAACCAAAUACAGCUGUAAGUUUAUUUCAACAUGGAAACUACAAGGAGUUUUCUGCCAUUGUGGGAUAUUUCUGAAGAUGAUGCCCUUGUGCUUGAUAAUGACUGCCUUUCAAACCAGACUCUGCCAGCUGGAGAUUUGCCACAGAACCAAGUGAAUGCAACAUGUACUUUGUAAAUCAGUGCCUGAAGUAAUGCUGGCACUCAAGGGAUGCUGGCAGAGUAUUGUCAGUGAACCAGCUGACAACAGUGCUCCUCUAACAUAGUUACAAAUAGAUGCCUAACUCAGAUGGACACACAUCCCAAGUGAGUCCCUCUCUCCCUUCCUUUCCCCAUAUGUUUUAUAUAUACGUACCAAGACAGAUACACACACGCGCGUGUGUAGCACCUCACACUCUGGCACACUAAGACAGACAUACACACUAGUUUGCCUGACUUAGGUCAGCCUGCAGGGUCUGCAACAGGAUCUUUUUCUGACUCAGAGGCCAUCCCAUGUGCUAUCACCAGUCAACCAUAGAGGUACAAAAGGGAACCAGUAGGUGCUGUGACUCCGUUCCUGGUCAAACAAUGGUAACUGCUUUGAUUUGUGAGAAAAAUCACCUCAUUGCUUCAGUGAUAAACCUUGUAGGGAGCCAGAACCCUGAUACAUACCAGGUGACUGCGCCGGCACAGUAAUUUCUGUAGUGCUGCAAAUGCAACUAGUUAGUUUUAUUAUACAAGGCACAAAUAACCAGGCAGUGACUCGUUAAACCUGAGUAACCUGUGAUAUCUCAGAGCUACACAUUUACAGCAGGUUUGUGUAGAGUAAACUCAUUACUCCAGGUUGUUCCUAAGUAAUCUGCAAGAAUGUGUAAAUACUUGUUACUACCCAGAAGGCCUUGCUAGCUGUGCCCUGGGCAGUGAAGUGAAAUGCAUAGGUUAUUACUGUAUGUUUAGACUUGAGGUUACUGUGUAAAAGAACACACAAGAGAUUUAAUGCCAAUGGCAACAUGCAACUGUAUUCCGUAAGUUACAGCAAAUGUAGCUGGCAACUCUUGGUUGUGUCACUGAAGCCAGAGCUAAGCCUGUGGAUCCCAGCGAUCCUGCUGAUAGCUCCUGGCGUAAAGCAGUGUUUAAUCUGUCACUGUACAUGCCUCCUAGUCUUUGGCCCCAUAAACUUGAGUCUUCCAUUUGCUCUCAGAUGGUUUCCCAGAAUGUCCUCUCUGUGUGGGAUCUACCCUAGGGCAGCUCUGUUGCCUCAGGUUGUGCUGAUAAAAGAAAAUGGUUGUUUACUUACAAUGUUUAACCUUGUGGCCCAGUCCUGAUGCCUCCUGAAUAUUAAUCACCCACAGCUAGGGGUCAUUCUCCUCCCUUACCUAAGGGAACAGAGCGUGCUCCCUGUUCUAACUCACCCCGCUAGUGAGGCAGAAAUAGGUGCUUUCGCAGAAGAAGCUGGGUGUUUUCAGCUUCCUGAUGCUUCACAAGUGCCCUGCACUCACUUGCUGUUGAUACAAUGCUAGAGUCCACAAGCAGCUCAUUUCAGACCUUCAGUUUCUCAUUUUAAACAACUCAAGUUCUUCCCUAGUGAUAGAUGUUAAUCCCCAGCCUUGGAUUUAUAUUUAGAAUUUGGAUCUUGUUGGUUUUUCCUAAAUGUCUCUAAUUUAAGCCCUUCUUUCCAUGAGUUUUGUCUGUAAAUGGAUGUGGUUCUGGGUGCGACUGCCGUGCCCAAGGCAGCUUUCCAAGAACGGGGGGAGAGAAGGGAAGGGCCAGGCUGCUGUCAUCUAGACCCUGCACCCAAGAGGGAGGCAGACCACUUGGCCAUGAAUUCACCUAAAGGGUAGUGCUCAGACGGCACAACUCAGUCCCAUGCAAAAUCUAUAGGCAGCAUACAGGUAUGUGAGGUGCACCUGUUCCUGCAACAGGCUAGUUUAAAAGUCUGAUCUUUGGCAGAACUCAUACACUGAUGGUGAGAGGUUGGUAUGUUCAGGAGGUCUUAAGUGCUGGUCACCCACUACACUUGCUAUCACUUUUUGAAAUCAAAUAACUACUGGGAGGUGUGUAACAGACUCAGCAGCACAGCAGGUGUGACCCACCUGGUACAUUCAGCAGCACAGCAGGUGCAUUUAUCUGGAUCUGAAGCAAGGACAGAACUUAUGCAGUUAGACUGAUCCUGGGGGAGAGGAGUGGCUGAUUUAUCCUCAAGUAUGUUAUGCCUGGACUGUAUUGGCAAGGAGGCGUAAAACAUCCCAGUUUUAAGCUUGUUCCAACAUGGGGUCUAUUUCUGUCAUUUCCUGUAGUUCUUACGACUAUUGUCAUGGGACUGGAUCCCUGUUUUGGUGCCAGCUGUCUCAGCAGAAAGAGACUAAGGCAGCAAGAAUUGAAUCUAGGUCCUGAUAGAGGCUGCAAGCUUUGGAACAGUGUCAAAAAGAGAGACUUUAAGCUCUUAAAGGUAUUUCCUGUUGGUCAAUUUGUUUCUCCUUAAUGAUGCAGGCAGGAUUUGGGGAGGGGGGGAAUGUCCCUGAAUAAGGAGCAAACUGAACAGAGGAGGUGACCGAAGUCCAGCUUACAACUGUCCUGAACGGCAUGAGGAAUGAAAGUCUCCGAGAGAUCUGUCAGUCCUUGUAAUACAUAACUCUCUUGUGGCUUUACCUCUUCAGAGGAAUGCACCAUUCCCAAACGUGCACUCAUGGAACCUUUAUACUACACCGUGUGCUCCCUGUCUGUAUGAUGCUCACUCUCUUGCACUCAUGCACACAUACAUGUGCCUAGUUAGUUUUGGCAGCUCACUAGAUAUUUAAGUCGAUCCUAAAUGCUGACUUUGGCUUAGCUCUUGAGGAAGAUGGGGAAGAGGACAGUUGAGCUGCAGUUCCAGGAGCCCUGGCUGAAGGGAUUGCAUUGUGUAAAUGUUGCACAAUGGCUGCUAGGAAAGAGAGGACACGAAGGGGGUGGAAAGUAGGAUCUGACGUGCAAAGUCACUGAUCCCACAUAGAAAGCACAAAGUAUUUCAUGUCAUGGGAGGGGAAGGCAGAGAUGAGCCAUGGGGUGGGAGGGAAUUGGGAAGCCAGCCCAGGGUCUGGGCCUUCUGGGAAGGAGAGGAUUUCUCGUGAAGCUGACGUGCUGUUUCAGAAGACAUGCAGAAGCUGAGUGAAUGUACAGGAUGUGUGAAAGGGAAAGGGCAGAAGUAUUUGGGUCUUUGUGAGAUAGUAGAGGCCUCAGAAGUCUUGAUGUCUGGAAUUUCCUUCAGCUGUCAAUGUGUGGUCUGUCCUCUUUGUUAUCACUACCAUCCCUCCCAGCUUUUGCCAGAUUUCUGCUCUGAACUCCCAACGCCUGUGGUAUUCAAAGAAACUUUAAGGGGGCUAUGGCAGGUGUGGCUUCUUUUUCUCUGCUUACAAAAGGCAGCUGAUCAGAGCAGGAUAACAGAUUGGUCCCCUAUGCUGCUCGCUUUGCAGGCUGAUUUUCUGGGAAUGCAAUUUGACUUUCCAGGCUCCUCCCCGCAAGCUACACCCAUUCCCUCUUCCUUUGACAAGUUUUAGCAGUUCUUGAAAAGUUGAUGGGAGCUGCCAUAUCUUCUUUGCCUCAAGCCUCCUUCCUGCUCUUGGUGGUUUUGUCAGUGUAGGAAUGCCACCACAUUGCAGGGGCAACCCACAGGACACCUGAGUCCCCUCUGUUUGAUUUGUGACCCCUAUGGAUACCCUAAAUCUAGCCUUGGUUUCAGUGACUGCCUUUCUCUCGCUUUCUAGUUGGUAAGAACCGGAGAGAAGUUGGUUCAUCUAAUUACAGAUUUUGUACCUUUCUCAUCUUUCCCUGGUCAUGGUAUCAAGGCUUCCUUCAGCAAAUGUCCAGGGAGGCCAGCUGUUUGCAAAGCCGUUCCGUGUGUUUGAAAUGCAGUCUGUGUGCUCCUGUCAAAAGAGGGCUUGCUGCCUAACAGGACUCGGGUCACAAGCAUUAAGACAUUUCACACAGUUGGCAAUAGCUUCUACCUUUCCAAACUGGAAUUGCUUUCCACCAACUCUCGUUGCUCAGCCACUAACACAGUGUAGAGUCCAGGCAAUAAUCUACCCACCAUUAAAUUUUUCAUAGUUGAUGGUCUCUUAAUUUUUAACUUGCAUCUGUGCCAAAUUUCACUGGGCAGUGCUGGGCACAGCAUUUUUACUGGUUUUGACUCAGACUAGAAUUUUACCAGGUAGAAGAACCAUCUCUAAUAGUCAAGUAAUUUUAGCUCUGUCCAUUGGAUACAGUUGUUACAUCCAUGAUCUAAUUUAUACAAAGAGCACACUAGAAUGUACAUACUAGGCAUUGUCAGAUUUGGACAUGCUAAUACAGAUGUAUUUAAAGAUUAACACUAUUAAAGGACACAAUGCAAAAUCUGUGUAAUAUUUCUAAUAAAUCUUUUUUUUCU